AUGCGUGGAUUUUUGGCCCUUUGUCUUAUUGCUGCUGCAUCAGCCCAAUACAACUAUGCUCCAAAUGGUGGAGCUAGUCUAGGUGGAAGCGGCUUUGGCGGUGGCAGUAUUGGAGGUGGAUUCAGCAGUGGCGGUGGACUUAGCUCUGGAGGCUCCUCCGGUGGAUACAGCAGCGGAGGUCAUAGCCACGGUGGAGGUCUGAGUCACGGUGGAGGUCUUAGUCACGGUGGAGGUCUUAGUCACGGUGGAGGUGUAAGUCACGGUGGAAGUUCUGGUGGUUUCAGUUCCGGUGGAUUCAGCUCAGGUGGAAGCGUCGGAGGUGGAUACAGCGCUCCAGCACAAACCAUUACCGAACUCAACAAGGAAUACUACUUGUACUCUGCUCCCGAAGAACAAGUCCAAUCUGGUGGACACCAACAAAGCUCAACAACAACAUUGAAGAAGAACUUGCGUGUUAUCUUCAUCAAGGCACCAGAAAACAACGCUGCUGCCAGCGCUGCUCUCCAAGUUGCCAAGCAAAUCACUGAAGAUCAAACCGCCAUCUAUGUUCUUACCAAGCAACCCGAUACUUCAGAACUUAGCCAACAAUUGCAACAAAUCUCUGAAGUUCAUUCGGCCAAACCUGAAGUUCGCUUUGUCAAGUACAGGACCGCUCAAGAUGCUCUCCAAGCUCAACGCACCAUUCAAGCUCAAUACGAUGCUCUUGGUGGAAGCUCACACAGCUCUGAUGAAGGUGUUGCCCCAGUUCUUAACUAUGCAUCAAGUGCACCAGUUUCAAGCAAUGCCGGUCAAGGUUCAGCUUCUCAAUUUUCGGGAAGUGUUGCUGUUGCUCCAUCUGGACCAGUUGCUGGUCCAGCACCACAAAAGUCAUACUUGCCUCCUGUUGUUGUUUAAAAAUGUGAUGUUGAUUUAUUGUUAUGAUGCGAGAGAGAAUUGUUAUUA